CCCAGCAAGCAGUCCUUGCCGUAACUCCCCGAAGUCCCCUGCGGCGGGCUCUCGGAGCCACUUUCCCGAGCGGAAGUCAGGUCGCAGCUCCGGCUCCUCGGGGACCAGCUCGGAGGAAUGGCGCCGCCGGGUUCAAGCACUGUCUUCCUGUUGGCCCUCACAAUCAUAGCCUGUACCCAGGCUCUGACGCCUACUCACUACCUCACCAAGCAUGACGUGGAGAGACUGAAAGCCUCACUUGAUCGCCCUUUCACAAAUUUGGAAUCUGCCUUCUACUCCAUCGUGGGACUCAGCAGCCUCGGGGCCCAGGUGCCUGACAUAAAGAAAGCAUGUACCUUCAUCAAAUCUAACCUUGAUCCCAACAACGUGGAUUCCCUCUUCUAUGCUGCCCAGUCCAGCCAGGCCCUUUCAGGGUGUGAGAUCUCUAUUUCCAAUGACACCAAAGAGCUGCUCCUGGCAGCAGUCAGUGAAGAUUCCUCUGUGACCCAGAUCUACCAUGCAGUUGCUGCCCUCAGUGGCUUUGGCCUUCCCUUGGCAUCACAGGAGGUACUCAGUGCCCUCACUGCUCGUCUCGGCAAGGAGGAAACUGUGUUGGCAACGGUCCAAGCUCUACAGACAGCAUCUUACCUGUCCCAGCAGGCUGACCUGAGGAAUAUCGUGGAGGAGAUUGAGGACCUUGUUGCUCGCCUGGAUGAGCUGGGGGGCGUAUAUCUACAGUUUGAAGAAGGACUGGAAACCACAGCGCUGUUUGUUGCUGCUACCUACAAGCUCAUGGACCACGUGGGGACAGAACCAUCCAUUAAGGAGGAUCAAGUCAUCCAGCUGAUGAACACGAUCUUCAGCAAGAAGAACUUUGAGUCACUCUCAGAAGCCUUUAGUGUGGCCUCUGCUGCUGCUGCACUGUCCCAGAAUCGCUACCACAUGCCAGUUGUGGUUGUGCCUGAGAGCUCUGCUUCUGAUACUCAUGAGCAAGCUAUCCUGAGGUUGCAGGUCACCAAUGUUCUGUCACAGCCCCUCACUCAGGCCACUGUGAAGCUAGAACAUGCCAAAUCUGCUGCUACCAGGUCCAUUGUCCUCCAGAAGACAUCUUUCACUCCUGCAGGGGAUAUUUUUGAGCUAAACUUCGAGAACGUCAAAUUCUCUAGUGGUUAUUAUGACUUUUCUGUCAAAGUUGAAGGUGACAGUCGUUAUAUUGCAAAUGCUGUAGAGCUCAGAGUCAAGAUCUCCACUGAAGUUGGCAUCACAAAUGUUGAUCUUUCCACUGUGGACAAGGAUCAGAGUAUUGCACCCAAGACCACUCGGGUGACCUACCCAGCCAAAGCAAAGGGCACAUUUGUUGCAGACAGCCAUCAGAACUUUGCGCUGUUCUUCCAGCUGGUGGAUGUGAACACCGGUGCUGAGCUCACCCCUCACCAGACAUUCGUCCGACUCCAUAACCAGAAGACUGGCCAGGAAGUGGUAUUUGUUGCUGAGCCGGACAACAAGAAUGUGUAUAAGUUUGAACUGGACACCUCUGAAAGAAAGAUCGAGUUUGACUCUGCCUCGGGCAUCUACACUCUCUACUUAAUCAUCGGUGAUGCUACUUUGAAGAACCCAAUUCUCUGGAAUGUGGCUGAUGUGGUCAUCAAGUUCCCUGAAGAAGAAGCUCCUUCCACUGUUCUGUCCCAGAACCUUUUUACCCCUAAACAGGAGAUCCAGCACCUGUUCCGUGAGCCUGAGAAGAGGCCCCCCACAGUGGUGUCCAACACCUUCACAGCCCUGAUCCUCUCGCCCUUGCUCCUGCUCUUUGCUCUGUGGAUUCGGAUUGGUGCCAAUAUCUCCAACUUGACUUUUGCUCCUAGCACAAUUAUCUUUCACCUGGGACACGCUGCCAUGCUGGGGCUCAUGUAUGUGUACUGGACUCAGCUCAACAUGUUCCAGACCCUGAAGUAUCUGGCCAUCCUGGGCAGUGUGACUUUCCUGGCUGGUAAUCGUAUGCUGGCCCAACACGCAGUGAAGAGGAUCGCUGCAGAGCAGAGCAGUAGAUUGGCAAAAUAUAGGACACUACGAACAGCACAUUAGUCCCAGGAAGAGGACAGAAGGCCUAAGCACUGAAAGGAAUGGUGAAGAAAGGAGUCAAGAGCGGUCCACAAUGCGCCAAGAGGAAUGAAAACAAAAACACUUUAUUUAAAAGAAAAGUUGAGAUAUGGUUACUUUUGCUUGUUUUUAACUUCUCCUCCACAGAGCAGAUCCCCAUGAGCCUAGAUCGUCUGUUUCCUUGGCAUGAUGCCUUAGCAAGAUGGUGUGAAUGUCCUGAGUUACACAAAUGUUGCGUUUGAAUAGUUGAAAUCUGUAAUUAGUCUGUUUUGGAAUAAAAGGAAUGGUAAUAGGAA